AGAAAGCUGAGAGCCUUAUGCUAUGAGCAGGCAAGAGGCAAUGCAGAAGACUGUUUCAGGAUGGUUGAUGAUUUGCAUGACGAGGUGAACAACGCACUUCGACAGCUAUGGUCAGCUGUGAACAGAGUAGACGACAGAGUGGAAGAACAAGUGCGGAGAUCCGAAGAAGAAUCGGCAGAUGUUUGGCGACACAUUCGUUCUGUUGAAUCUGUGUGGGCGAUGAUGGAAAUGGCCCGAUAUGAGGAAUAUGAUGAAGUUCCCGAGCCCGAGGAACGCUACGAUGUUUCGGAAGGUGGAGAAUCUGGAUCAGAGGUCUCAAACUCAUCAGGAGCAGAGACUUCAGCUCCAACUUUGAGGAGGAGACGUCCAAAUGCUGAUAGUGAAGAUGAGGAGUUGUGAUAUUCAGAUGCGUGCGAAAAGCGUGAGCCGGUUUUCACUGAUGGCUUAGAUUGCAAUGUACAGCAUAAGCCACCAACCUGAUGGCACUACGCCAACAGGCUUUUGCGUUUCAUGCC